UUAUAUGCUCAAGUUUACCGAUUUAUCGUUUACAUUGUUUUUCAACGAACUAUUAUGAAACUAGGUAAACAAAGAUUUUUGUAAUAUUUUCUAAAAUACUAUCUUAAGGAAAUUCUAGCGAAAAAAAUGGAAUAUGAGAAAGUUAAAAAUAAAUCGGGCAAAUAUUCAUUCAAAUCAAAUGAUGUGAUUGAAAAUGUGACAAUGUUAAUCGAAAAAAACGCAAAAGAAAUAGAAAAUGCAAGCAGCAUAUUAGAGACAACGAAAAUUACGGAUUUAAAUACUGACUGCAUGGAAACUAUUUUUGAGUAUUUGGAAUUUAACGACUUGUUAAAUCUUGCUGAAAGCAGCAAACAAUUUUAUACUGCAGUAUGUGAGGUCUACAAAAGGAAUUUUGCCAGCCAAACACUGACAAACGAUGAUAGGAAAAGUUCUUCAAAAUAUGAUGAGGAGAAAAUGAUAUUAAUCAAAACAAAUCCAUUGAAAGUCUUACGCAAUUUUGGACACGUAAUUAAGAAUUUCGAAGUCGAUUUUCGGUGGUUAAAUGCAAAGCUUUGCGCUGAAAUCGAAAAUUAUUUGGUGAUAUAUUGCUCUGAUUCAUUACAACGAUUAUGUGUAUUCCCUGAUAGAUCGGAAACUACUUUCAAAGAUUUACAAAAACCAUUGGAAAAAGUAACAUAUUUGAAAAUAAUAAUUACAUUAGAUCAAAACAUAAAUCACAUACAAUUUCUUAAUGAAAGCAAUCUACCAAAUGUCAACAAAAUAGAGAUAUAUUCUUACAAAUUUAACACUUUUGGAGAGAGUUCGAAAAAAAUUCAUUUUGAAAAUAUUGAAUAUUUCAAGUAUUAUGGUAUGCGAUCUAGUAAAUAUCCAUUUUCAUUUGGAAAUCUUAAGCAUCUUAGGAUUAGGGGUAGUUGUCAAGUAAAGGAUGCAUUAUGCGAAUUUAUUGGUAACGUUAAAGAUUUGAAGACAUUGAAGCUUAAUGAAGGUUGUGUGGAUGCGGAUUCGUUGUGUAAAAUAUUAGAGCUACAAAAUGUCUUAUCAAAUCUUGAGGAAAUACAAAUCGAAUGCUUAUUCGUUCUAAAGUUUUCUCCUGGCGAUGUUCUUCGCUUUCUGAAACAUCUCAAAUUACUUAGGAACAAACGACUCCAUGGGAACAAUAUCAUCAAAUUUGGGUGUUGAAUGGAAUAUUUACACAAGAGACAUUGAAUUUGGUAUUUUUAAAUUUAUUGCCUAUGUUUUUGAAAGAAUAAUUGAAAGUUGAUUUUAAUUGAAAUAAUACUGUUUGACCAUUCAAUAUCGGUUGGAAUAUAUUUCGAUGCAAAGAAAACGAAGUAAAUAACGGAGAAAAAACACGACAGAUUUCACUCCGUUACAGGUCAAGAAAAUAAAUUCAUUUUGUAUUUACUAUUCAGUGUGUAUGGUCCUUCCAUAAUUCCGAGAAUAAUUUGAUACUUUCAUUUUUAAUUCAUUGAAAUUAAUUUUUUUUAAGUGAAUCAAUUUUAUCCAUGUUUCAAAUACUUCAAAAUGCAAGGCAAACCAAUUUGCCCAGAGAAUGAAUGACAUUUUAUUUAGAAAGAAAAAAGUUUAUAGUAUUUGACAUAAGAGUUUUGGUUUUUUUGCAUAUAAAAUAUCUGAAAAAUUUAAAGGUUUUGAGCUUGUUAAGAAAAAGAUGAGACUUUUUGAUGUAUUCUUUAUUUUUUUAAUCUUUUAUUUAUAUAAAGUUUACACACUCGAGAUGUUGAAUUUAAAGCAAACCCGAGCGACUCUUGAAAUGCUCACCUUUUUUCAUAUCCGCUUAAAUUAAUGAGAUGAUUUUUUUAAUUUUAAUGAUGAAUUUUGUUUGUUUGUUUGCAUCCAUUCAGUCAAAUAUUAAACUGUUUUCAUGUGAAAAACAUACAAUAGUUGAAUAAAACCAAUAAUUUAGCACAAAAAUUAUACUACGCGAAUAAAUUCUACUUUAAUAAAGAAAUGCGAAAGGAGAAAAUUGUCGAAAUAAUAGUUUUUUUUUUUCAUGGAUUCAUCAAAUGUAACAUUCAGAGAGUGGAAAACGCUGCCGCUAUAGUAAUACUAUAUCAACAAUGCCUAUAAAUAGUUACUAUUUGUACACAUUUCGAUUGUGUGAUCACAAUAAUUUUUGCG